UAUGGAAAAUAAUAUUUCUUCAAAUCUUCAAAAGUGGAUUAAAAAGUGCUUAAGAAAAGAGUUUGAAACAAAGAUACAAAAAUCAUUAGACGAACAUGUGAGCUACACUGAAAUAGCUAAAAGAAUUAUACACUCUAAAGAAAUGUCCACUUUGUUGAAUUCUAUGAAAGCGACAGUUGCUGAGCAAUCAGCGUCAAGAUCUACAUCGACUAUAAUUUCUGAUUCUCGGCCUCAGUCAUCAUUUUCUUACAUUAGUGAUCAAACAAGCGAAGAUUGGAAUUCUCCGUUAAAUAACGAUGAAUAUUACAAUAUUAUUAUUAAUAAAAUCAGUCAAGAUAAACCUGCUCAUGUUAGAUUAUCUGGUUAUGAAAUUCUUUUAAAAAGCGAAUUAUCGAAUUUGAAUAACAAUCCAAUAUGGGACUCGCUUCGGAAGGCUUUGCUAGAUGGUCUCACAGAUGAGAGUAGAUCUAUUUUUGAAUCUAGCUUACAAGUACAUGCAAAUUUGCUAAUUUGUUUACAAUCACAUGAUGUAUAUACAAAUAUACUGGAUGCCUUUAAUGCUCAAUACCAUUCACAGAAGACAUUUGAAAUAUUACCUACUCUAAUUGCCGGCGUUAAUUUUAAGUUUUUUUUGCAUGAAAGAGUAUUUCGCAUUACACAUUUAUUGAUUCGUUUUAAUGAAGAAAAGAUAAAAGGCGCAAGACACGCUGAUAAAAGUACAGAAGAAUUAAUAGAACAAUUCAUAACAUUUUUAAGUACACACGAAUUUGAUAGUUUAAUGCAACCUAAGCCAUUAAAUAUAUUAAAUAUAAUUUCCAUACUGGAGCCACGUGCAGAUUGGAGUAAGAAAUGGAUUGUCAAUCUUACUACUAGAAAAAUGUUUUUAACAGCAUUAGGAAAGUCACCAAGUUUAUUGCAACAAAUAAUGCAUUACACAAAGAAAGGAAUGGAAGAGCUUCCUCAUUCUGUAACAGUUUCUAUUUAUGAUGAUCCAAUGGAAGUUAUCAUUAAUGGAAAUACCAUAGAAACAGUAACAUAUCUUCAUUGUUUAUGCUUUGUAUCACAACUUUGUGCUUAUGAUGCAGGGCGAAGACUUUUAACAGAAAGUAUAUCUGAACCUCCUUUCUCAGUUUCUGAAUUUCUAACUGCUUGUUUAAAAGCCUUAAAUAAAUUAGGUAUGGAAACAUUAAAUGGGGUAUAUGAUGUUUCUUGUUAUGCUUUACAAAUUAUUUUAGAUAAACCAACUAUUUUAUAUGAUCAUGAAUUUUAUCAUAUUGCAUUAUGUCAUUUAUCUUCUCUGUCUGAAAAUAAUAUUAAGAUAUGGGUACAUACAUUAAAUAUUAUUUUGCAUAUGUUGGACACAGCGGAUGGUUCUUCAUUUCUUAUUACAGAAUGUAAAGAGCAUACAGUAAAUUUUGAAAACACCAUAUCAAAAUGUCCAGCCAUGUUUAUCGUAAUGAUAGCAUCUAACAUGUUAAAACAACCUUUUUCUAUAAUAAAUAUCGAAUAUCUACUGAAACUAUUUAAAGUAAUGGAAAAGUUAUUUGAUAUAUUUGAUGUAUAUGAGAUUGUACAACAUAAAGUAGAAAACGAAUUUUAUCCUGCUGUGUCAUAUUUUUACAAUAAGUUAAAUAAAUCUUAUCCUGAAAAUGAAAAUAAAGUCCAACAAAUGAACAGUGCAGUUAAUUCAUUAUUGCUUAAAAUGGUAUAUAUACCAUUUGCAUUGAAAGCUCUUGUUCAAGAGUUAUCAGUAUUCCAAGAAUUAAUUGAAGGAUCUAUUGCACCCUUGAGGAUGUCAUGGACAUCAAUGGAAGUAGUUAAUUUCAUAUCAACUGCAGCCUUUUUUCAAUUGGGAUAUGAUGUAAUUGCGAAUCUUGCAUCUCACGUUUUAUCAAACUUGCUUUUAGAAACAUGUAAAAUAUUAGAAAUUCCACAUUAUUUCUAUGAUCCAUGGGAUCAUGAAAAUAUUCAAAAGUUUUUACAUAUAUUAACAUUUUUUUCUCUUAAUUUUAAAUGUUAUUCUGCAUUUAUGUCAAAUUUAAAUGAAUCAGAUAGUAGUGAAGAACAGAAUUACCCACCUAACUUAUUUGAACUUUUUAAAAGUUCAAUAAACCCUGAAUCAAAUUAUCAUUACUUGGGACUUCUGUCAUUAAAUGCAGUCAUUUGGAAUUUAAAUAUUUGUCUAUAUUUACUAGAAUUACUGAAUUUCCAGAACAUAUUAUUAGAGCUUCAAAAUUCAAAUACAGAAGCUGGAAAUGAAGAAUUAAGCCCUAUAUGUAUUGAUGAUUAUACUAUAAUAAGAAAAAAAAUUAUAUCCAAAACAUAUUUUAUGAUAAGUACAGAUGAAGAAGAAGCUUCUGAAUCAGAAGUAUAUGAUCUGGCAAAAUCAUCUUCUUGGAAAUCAAAUACAAAAGACACAUAUUUUUCUGAAACUGAAUAUGAUUCAGAAUUGGAAAGUUUACUUCGAGAAAAUAAACCUGGACUGUUAGACAGUAACUGGGUUCAACAAAUUAGAGAUGCAUAUAAAGCAUCAUCUGAUCCAUUAAAGAGAACAGUACUGAUUCAAUUAGUAGAUCAGAUGCAGAAAGCAAUUCCCACUGCAGAAUGGGAUGAACAUUUUCAAUGGCAGGAAAAUAUAUCAUCAAGUACAGAUUUCUGGUUUCCAGAAGAAAUUCAUGGAAUUAACUUAGCUUUACAUUAUGCAGAACAAAGUGAGCUGUUAGAAAAUACUGUUAAAAUGAAAGAAACACUACAAGAAUUUAUUAAUAGCUGUUAUGCAUUUAUAAAAUAUGAGAGACCAAAACGAUUUGAUGGAUUUGAUUGGUUCUUGUCAACGGUAUUUAUUAUUUGUAAAGGAGAUAUACAGAGGUGCAAAAUAUUUGUUGCACAAUUAAUUAAAUUCCCAGUAACCGCAUUUUUAUGGCCAAAUUUGGGGAAAGUUUUAGACAAGCAUAUGGAAGAAGAAUAUGGUACACAAUUUACAUUUAUGCAAGUUUUAGAAAGCAUAGUUAGUAAUGAAUUUCCCCAUAUCAAAUUUGCUCUUAAGGAUACUUGUGGAAUGAACUGGUCCUUAAUAUGUAACUUAAUGAUAUCUCAAUGUUUUUGGGGCUUACUUUCUUGGCCUCAAAUUAUGCAUUUUUUCGCUAUUUGUAUUUUAUAUUCAUCUGACUAUAUAAUAUACUAUUGUGUGUCACUGUUGUACCACUGUCAACGUAUAAUAAUGGAAGAUAUAACAAGUGGAAAAAUGUGGCCUGAACAUAUGGUAUUCAAUGAAUAUAAAUCUCAUGAGUACAUUAAAUUUAUGGAUACAUUAGAUAAAAGAUAUGGAAAUAAAAUUUUACCAAAAUUUGUUCUUAAAGGAUUCAGUUAAACUAAGUUUUCAAAAUACGGAGAUCUAUAAGAUAUAAAUCAAAACAGUAUCUUCCAAUAAUUGUUCAUAAUUAAUAAAAUUAUAAAAGAACGUUAAAGUAAAUAUUUAAACGCAUAAAAAUUAACAACUUUAUC